AAUAAUAUACAAGUUGAACAGUACAAAUUAUACUUGUAUAGGUUAUGCAAUGAUGAAAUUAAUACUGUUGGGAAUUUUUUACCCCUGUGAAAUUAAGGGUAGGAUAAAGAUUUAUUUUAAUAAAAACUGUUAGUUUUAAAAUAUACGUUUAGAGAUCCAUCUUAUUAUACUAACCAAAAUAUCACUUACAUAGGAGAGAGAAGUGUGGAAUGAAUGCAUAGGCAAAAAAAAAAAAAAAAUUGAACAGCUACAGGAUGCUACAAAAUAAGGCCAAAACAAAUUAGUAUAGUUGUUUUUGCAGGCUUUGUCUUAGCUUGCAGUAUCACCGGAGGAUAUUGACUGCCGAUAAAAUCAGGGUAGGAAAGCAACACUUUCAUUAAAAUAUUAUGAAUUUGGAAACAGUCUCUGCUUUUCUCUCUCUUCAGCAUCAAGAAAAUGAUCUAUAUCUCAUCUUGCUUGAAAACCAUUCUACCAGCUGUAAUUAUUUGUCACCUUUCGGAAGAUAUCAUAAAUUAUUUUUAAUUAAAACCAGUAUUUUGAUACAGCUCUGCUAUCUCUGAUGGAAAUAGUUUUAAACUUCCUCUGUGCUUACCGCCAAUUUUCUGCAAUACAGCCUUAGGAGGAGGAAUUUGCACUGCACUGUUCAAUAGCAACAGGUCUUAAGAGUAUAAAGGAUGAAAUUCUCAAGGGUCUUUAUGUCAUGGAUGGAAAUGGAAUCAUUACUGUAUUUUUGAACUUCUGCUAACGUCAUUGACACCCACCUACAGUCCACUAGAAAUAUAAGUGCAGAGAUCAGUUCAUUCACAGAUCAUAAGGAGACUAAGCAAGAAGGGGCAAGCCAGAGCAAAAUUCACUGGUAAGCUUUAUUUUAAAGAGAGUGAAAGGUAGAAUGUGAUUAUCUUUUUUUUUCUUGACUGAAGGUGUGAAACUGUUCUUCAGUAUCUUAUGCCAGACUGUACUAUUAUUACUUUUAUUAAUAUAUGUAGUACGUUCUCCUUUUGUGCAGUUUUAAAAAUUGAGUUAUCUGGAUCUCAGGCCACAGUUUUGCAUGAUCCUUGGAGCCUGUAGACUGGAUGCUUUAACUAUUCGGCCAGUGAAAAUAGUUGUAAUGUAAUUACAAAUGUAAAUUUACAGAUGCAAAUAUCCUCUCUUAAGCGUCAAACUGGUCCCUUUCAGGAAGAAACCAGUAUCUAGAAAUAACUUUGAUAUGGGAAACGCUUAUUUACUUCCUAGUACAUUAGUACAGAACCUAAAAAGUUCAUGGCACACAGAUUUAAUCUGUAGUAAGCAGAUUUUUCUUGCCAUGGAUGAGUUAUUUCCAGAACUCCUCUGGAUUGCUUUAUUUGUUGGUGGUGACAGUUCUGUAGGGCUGGUUCUUUGUCCUUCUUGCAGAUAGUCUGUUCAUCUCUUCGACAUGUGGAAACUGGUGCUCCUGGGACUAUAUACAAUGUUGGCUGUCAGAGGAUUGGCAAAGGGUGCUCCUUUCGAACCAGAAGAAAAAUGGAAACCUCUAGAUAAUCCUAGAAACAGAGACUUGUUUUUCAGAACACUCCAGGCAUACUUUUCAGGUCGGGGUCUCGAUCUCAGAAAUUUCCCAGCUACUUUCACUGUGAACAAUGAAGGACCAAGGCCGGUCAUGUUCUACUCAGAUCCCAUUGCUUCUGCAUUUGCAGAUUAUGAAGAAAGGAAAAAUUCUUUUCCAAAUGACUUCAAAGGCUAAAAGAUGCUGCUGACCAAGGUGUUAACUUUCGGACUUCGUGCCAAGUGCUCACCUCCACAGCAAAGUGCUACUGCCUUGCCUUCUCCCGUGCCACCCCGCAGCU